AUGAGGGGUGUUGAUGGAGGAGAGUCGCUUUCAAGGCUUGAGGGAAAGUUUAGGGCAAUGGUGAUUUGUUGGGUUCUUGGGUUCGGAUCUCUCAUCUCUUGGAAUAGCGUGCUGACAAUGGGAGAUUAUUACUAUCAUCUAUUCCCGAAUUACCAUCCUUUAAGGAUGCUUCCCCUCGUUAAUCAACUCUUUUCAUUUGGAGCAACGACAAUUCUGACGUACAACGAAUCAACGAUCAAUACUAGGUGGAGGAACAUAUCUGGAUAUUUACUUUACUUUGCAAGUACUUUCAUGCUCAUAGUAUUGGAUGUAGCCACAUCUGGAAGAGGAGGACUUGGUUCUUUCGUCAGUACAUGUGCAAUCGUCGCCGUUUUUGGAGCUGCGAAUGCCUUAGUUCAAGGUGGAAUGAUCGGCGAUUUAUCUUUCAUGCUCCCUGUGUUUAUGCAGUCCUUCCUUGCCGGUUUGGCUGCAGCUGGGACCUUAACCUCUGGUUUAAGGCUUAUCACAAAAGCAGCCUUUGAAAUGUCUGAAGAUGGUGUUCGUAAAGGCACAAUGUUAUUUCUAGCCAUUUCUACAUUCUUUCAGUUGCUUUGUAUCCUUCUGUACACAUAUUUCUUCCCCAAAUUGCCGGUAGUGAAGUACUUCCGCGCCAAGGCAGCCUCAGAAGGAUUGAAAACUGUAUUAGGUGAUCUCGCAGCAGCCGGUAUCGAAACACAAACAGACCCACAUGAAGAUAGUGUGAAACAGGUUGAGAGGCUAAGCAACAAACAAUUAUUCUAUCAGAACAUAGAUUAUGCGCUCGAUCUGUUUCUGAUAUUCGCCUUGACAUUAUCAAUUUUUCCCGGAUUCUUAUACGAAGACACCGGAAAACAUAAACUGGGUACAUGGUAUCCACUUGUGCUGGUAGCGGUUUUCAACACAUGGGAUCUGAUAUCAAGAUAUUUUCCCCUGGUGGAAUUGCUGAAGAUAGAGUCGAGGAAAUGGCUUAUGAUUGCAACACUCAGUUGUUUCUUACUUGUAUCGGCUUUUUACUUCACCGGAAAGUAUGGCGACCAGGGAUGGAUGAUAUUUCUCGUAUCCUUCCUGGGAUUAGUAAACGGUCACCUUACAGUUUGUGUAUUGAUUUCUGCACCUAGAGGUUACAAGGGGCCUGAGCAAAAUGCCUUGGGCAAUAUACUAGGAUUAUGUAUAGUAACUGGGAUACUCGCAGGGGUAGCCCUGGAUUGGUUGUGGCUCAUUGGUAAAAAUAAUGCCUUUUAA